UAAACAAUAUGGCGGACAUUAGCAAGGACAUUAUUCCGGCAAAAAAGAGAAGAACGGAGGCAUCUACCGAUCUCUGCGACAAAGUUCUACAGCUUGAGCAAGAUCUAUGUUGCAAUCUUGACUCACUGAAGUUUUCUACUCCUGUUACACACGUUUAUAACCCUUUAAAAUAUGCUAAAGAAACACACGAAGACUACAUGAGAAAGUUCUGUAAAGUUGGACAAAAAGUGCUUUUCUUGGGAAUGAAUCCAGGUCCUUUUGGGAUGGCGCAAAACGGGGUAAGCAAAAAAAUAGCCAUAUGUUCAAUGCGUCACUUCUUAUCUGUCAAAACUUGACCAGCGGGUUUGGGCUCCUCUGACAUUUGGACGUUUGUACUGUGGUGGAGGGAGGGAAAGGUUGCAGUUAAAAUAUAAUAGGGGCAAGGGACUUAAGGGGAGGAAUUAUACCCUCCUGUAGGGCGAGUGAAAACUUUUGCCAGAAUUUAAGGUCAAUCAUCUUUAUUUAUAGAAUGACACUAAUUAAGGAGUUAGCGUCUGAAGAUCACCAUCCCGCACAAAGCCCCCCUCCCCAUCCCCACCAAUCCUGAACCUUCUGACUCUAGAAAGGGUUUCAUACUAUCCUGUUCUAGGCUCUGAGAUAGUUGGGUCUGCGAAGUUGAGAAAGCAUGAACACAAAAAUAAAGCGGGAGGAAACUGGGGAGAGGGAGCUCUACCUUUUUUCCUGCCACCGCCCCUUUAAUUUUUCCAGAUUACACGCUCUUGUUUUCGUGUGCCUUUCACUUAUGUGUCAUCCAUACUAUCUGAGAGCCUGAAACAGACUAAUUUUGUAUGAAAUAGAAAGCAGACACAAGAAUACCAUAGUGCAGUACUGUUCUGAGAUUAUUAAUGAAAACAAAUUGGAGUAAAUUCUUACAAUAAUGUUAUGUGCAACUUCAUUCACAGAGCUAGGCCAUCAUCAAAACCUGGAUCAGAUCAAACCCUGUAAACCCUUGAAUGGUACACCUAUAAAAAAUAACAGAAUACCUGAAACAGGUCCCUGAGCAUCUUCGCAAAUUUAUUCAAAACUAUAAAGGCAAUUUUUGAUGUUUUUUUUUAAAGGAUUGAAAAACCAUUGAUGUCACUAAGGACAAAAGGUUGGGAAUAGGAUUACAUGGGCCAGGGCUGUGCUCUAGCAGAGCCCGGUGGCCCCUGGCGCUAAAUCUCAGAUUUUUCAUACAAAUCAUAUGCUGGGCACCCUAGAUUUUGCAGUUUCAGAGUACUGGGCUCCCUUCAAUUUUCCUUAGAGCACAGCCUUGUGGGCUGAUCAUAUCCAGGUUUUGUUGACACCAAUUCAUGUUUCUGUUAAAAUAAUUAUUGCAUUAUAGUCAACUAAUGAUGUCAUGAACACCAGCCAUCAGUGGUGAAUCCAAACCUUGAGGACAGAGAGAGGCACUCUUCUGGCUUAAAUAAAAUGUUUCAGUACAAUUCCCUGUAGGCCUUAGAUCCCUCCCUCCUCACUGUUUACCAGUGAGUGAAGUCCAGUUUUCUUUGGACAGGUCCCUUUUGGAGACACAAAACAUGUCAAAGAGUGGCUCCAAAUUGUAGGACAGGUGAAUAAACCAGAGAAAGAACACCCC